GUAAGCCCCGCCCCCCGGGUUCCGAGGCCAGUCUCCUAGCGACGUGUUGCAGUCUGAGUUCCUCUCAGCAGUCUUAGGUUUUUAUACCUUUAUUUUAUUUUUCCCUACGAAUUCAACUGGACAUUUUCCCCGGAGAUCUGAACGCUUCACGGUGUUUUGAAAGUCAGGUGCUCUGAGCCCCAAUCUCUCUCUCUCUCUCUCUCUCUCUCUCUACAUGGCACUCCUCAGCUGCCACGCAACACGCUCCGUUCAGACUCUGCGCCUCGUGGCUUCAGGCUCCAGAUACGUCAGUCAGACGGCUACGAAGGCAGUGUCUGAUUUUGAAUACGAUGCUCCGUCCAUGAAGACCCCCAUUCCAGGGCCCAGGUCUAAAGAGCUGACAAGACAGCUGGGAGAAAUUCAGAACGUGGGGGCCAUUAAUUUCUUCUGUAACUAUGAGGAGAGUCGGGGAAACUACCUGGUGGACGCUGAUGGCAACCGAAUGCUGGACCUGUACACUCAGAUCUCCUCUGUUCCUCUGGGUUAUAAUCAUCCUGCUCUGAUGAAAGCGCUCACCAAUCCCAACAAUCUGAGCGCAUUUGUUAACCGGCCAGCCCUCGGUAUUCUGCCACCUGAGAAUUUCCCAGAGAAGCUGACUGAAAGCCUGCUCACGAUUGCUCCUACUGGAAUGACACGGGUACAGAACAUGGCGUGCGGCUCCUGUUCCAACGAGAACGCCUUUAAGGCUAUGUUCAUCUGGUACAAAAACAAAGAGAGAGGCACCAGCAGUCCUUCUCCAGAGGAAACCAGCUCCUGUAUGAUUAACCAGAGUCCCGGAUGUCCGGAUCUGAGCGUUCUGUCUUUCAUGGGAGCGUUUCACGGGAGAACUCUGGGUUGCUUGGCCACGACACACUCCAAAAUCAUUCACAAACUGGACAUCCCGUCGUUCGACUGGCCCAUCGCACCCUUCCCCAUGAUGAAGUAUCCCCUGGAGGAGUUUGUUCGGGAGAACGCUCAAGAAGAGGCGCGCUGUCUCGAGGAGGUGGAAGAUCUGAUCGUGAAGUGGAGGCAGAAGGGCAAACCUGUGGCAGGUAUCGUCAUCGAGCCCAUCCAGGCGGAGGGAGGAGACAACCACGCAUCACCAGAUUUCUUCGUGAAGCUGCGUAACAUCGCUCGAAAGCAUGGAUGCGCCUUCCAUGUGGACGAGGUUCAGACAGGGGGCGGAGCAACUGGAAAGUUCUGGGCCCAUGAGCACUGGGGCACAGACGACCCUGCUGAUAUCGUAUCCUUCAGCAAGAAGAUGCUCACAGGAGGCUACUACCACAAAGACGAGCUGCAGCCCGAUAAGAGUUACAGAAUCUUUAACACAUGGAUGGGAGACCCGUCAAAGAAUCUGUUGCUCUCCGAGGUGCUGAACGUCAUCAGAAGAGAGAACCUUCUGGAGGAGGUGACUCGCUCUGGAAAGACUUUGCUGCAGGGACUUAAUGAACUGCAGUCUCGGUAUCCUCACCUCCUGAGUCGAGCCCGUGGUCUGGGAACCUUCUGCGCAGUCGAUGCCCGUGAUGACGACCGGGACAAACUUUUGCUCAAAAUCAGGGACAAGGGUGUCCUCCUGGGCGGCUGCGGCGAAAAAUCCAUCCGUCUCCGUCCCGCCCUUGUCUUCAAAGAGCACCACGCUCAUCAGUUCCUCAACAUCUUUAACGACGUGCUCUCCGAGUACAAAUAAAGAGUCGUGGAGCUCCGAGAAGCCGAGGGGAAACAAGCACAAAGGGUCCAGACUCCCAUAAAGGGUGGUUCCUCCUCCUCCUUCUCCUCUUCAGUCUCUUACUCACCUUUUUUUUUUUUUCUUAACCUCCUCCAACACUUUGUAAUUAUUUGUUUAAUUCGGGUCACUUUAUUUCUCACUGUAACGAGCACAAUGGGAGUAUUGCGGUGGAUCAGCACACACUUACAAAAACAUGCCUUUGUUUAGCGACAGGUCGUCAGCGCUAAAGGAGUAAAUCACAGCGGUAAGUCAAAAUCUUGUUUAAAGGGGCAGUUUGUACUUUUGGAAACGUGUUUUCUGCACCGGAAAAAUGUAAAUAUAUCCGAAAUUAUAUUAUUAGAAUUAUACCGAGACUAAAACGACAAACUUCACCUUUAAACGAUGUCUGGUUUACUCGAGAGUCAGACGCAAGCACAUCUUUAACCUGUAAAACCAGGACGAGCUCGUAAGAUUCUAAACCUCUCUCCUACCUCUGGAAAGGGUAAGAAGCCCUCAAAGGAAAAUCUCUGUAUUAUUAGAUUUCAGUAACAGGGCAGUGCAGGAGAGUCACUGUGAUCAUUGUGUGUGCAUCAUUUCCUCGUAUUUAUUUAUUUUUUUGGUCAGCUACCGAUGGACUUUAUGAGGAAGUCUGAUUCUCUUCCCCACAGGAAGCUCGCAUGUCACACACCGAGCGUUUAAACAACCGAACCUCCAUCAUAGGUAUAUUUUACGCCCAGAUGAACGAGUGCAUUGUCUUUUUCUCUCAGUAGGGUCUCUGUAGUAGGACUUGGGUUUAUAUCUUUGCUCCUGUAGUGUUCUCUAUAGAAUGUGGGAUGGAACCCGUAACGUUGUUCUGCAUUUUGAUUGGGACGCUAACGUUAAAGGAACGCACCAAGCGCGAUUUUCCACUAAAAGCCUUUAUAUGUGAGAGUCAGGCAUUUUCUCUAGACGGCAUCUGGUACAGUGUGGUUCAGGGUUCAUCAUCGGAGCGGUGAUAUUAAUUUGACUAUUCAAAAUAGGUAUUUAGCACAACGUUAAUACAUUUUUAUGUAUGUUCUAGGUGAGAGAUAUGAAAGACAGAUGUGGUCUGAUUUAGUCCCCCGUUGUUCAUGAGUAAUUAUUACUGUUACUGCUUGAUUGUUUAUGUUGAAAGUCCAGGGCUAAAAAAAAGGUUCCUGUAGGUUGAGGACCAGAAUCACCAACAGCACACUAUUUCUCAGCAGGUGUACCUUUUAUCAUUUUUAAACGUACAAUCCGUGUCUUAGGAUCAACGUAUAGCUAGAAAUCCGGCUCGUUGUUCUGCUGCGAUUUGGUGUCUACGCUUCUCGAUCGCUUGUUUUGGGGAUUUGGAGAAUAAAGUAAGUGCAGGUCUAGACAACAGAACACCCUUUAUGCGUCCUCCUUUUCCAUCCAGGUAUGAUUUAGAUUUACACACCUCAUAUAUAUAUAUAAAAAUACUUCAGUCACUAAACGUGCAUCAGUGAGACACUAAUGUCUAAACCUAACCUUCAUGAAGUGUCCAACCUUUUUUAGCUCGAUGUCUAAUUCUGUACAGUGUCCCGUUCGUCCACGUCAAGUAUAUAAAGGUAGUUUUUAUUCCUUAUGUUGAUAGAGCAGACAGACGGAAUGUACAGAGGGAGAAAACGCUCAAAGCUGCUCAGUUAAAGAAAUCCCGAGAUAUGUGACGACUCUGUACGUCUGGUUUUAUUAUUUUUGGCCAAGUCAGUAUUGUUCUUAAUAUAGAAUUAUCUGUAAACCACUAAACAUAUUGCCAUGUUUGUUUACACUACAGUGUGAAAUAGAUCUUACAAUGUAAUUAUUCCCUGUUUAAAUAUUGUCUUAAAAAUAUAAAUGUACUCAGAAAUAAAUGACAUUUUUGGA